AGAAUAUCCCCAGAAUACAACUGGAAGAAUAGGAACGGUACAAGGGCAAACAUAUAAUCAUUAGAAUGAUCGUCAUUGUUGUUGUUGUUAUUAACUUGACUAACCAUAAUAAUUAUCUUCAAAUGAGGGAUAAUUACUGCUGCUAUUGCUGUUGUUGUUGACGGUGAUGGGUGGUGCUUUUGUUGAUAAUGAUGGACGAUGAUGAUGAUGAUGACAAUGUUGAUGAUGACGAUGUUGAUGUUGAUGUUGAUGAUGAUGAUGAUGAUGAUGAUGAUGAUGAUGAUGAUGAUGAUGAUGAUGAUGAUGAUGAUGAUGAUGAUGAUGAUGAUGAUGAUGAUGAUGAUGAUUAG